AUGGCCAUAGCCUUCAAAGUUGCCCCCCACCCCGCCGAGCCAGUCUCUCCCAACUUCGAACAACUCUCUGCACCCUCAGAUCUACUACUGCACCACCUCCACUCCCAAAUCAAGCCCAACCGCUCAAGGAAUCGCGCACGCCAGCCAAAUUCCGUCGAUGUCCUCCAAAGCUCGUUUAUCGACACGAAGCGUGACGGGUGGUGGGCCCAGGAGGGCCUCAAGGACGAGUUCCAGAUGGCCGACGCCAGGACCCAGAACAACGGCUUCGUGAAGACGGUGGUGGAGGCGUAUAAUGGGCACCAUCACCUUGUUAUUAGGCCUGACGAUGUCUGGAUUGCUAUUUUGACCCAGCUUAGUGUUUACGUCAAUGCCAACUCGAAAGAGCUUCGCUCGCUUUUUGUCAAGCACAAAGGCAAGAAAACUUCAAGAAUCUACAUACCAGGCAACCGACGGACAGUCGACUUCGGGAGCCUUGCGGUCCAAAUGACUGACGAAAUUCAGAAAAAUAUCCUCGACCCAGCCCUCCAGCAGUGGGUCCUUCCCAGCUUCACUACCACAACACCCACCGACACCACUAUCUGCUCCGUCCUCCUCAUGUCCACCAUGAAGGCCUACUUCGAGUACGACAUGUCCCUCUGCGGGAUCCCCUCCAUCACGCUCGAGGGCACCAAAUCCGACUGGGAAGCCCUCCUCCAGAAGCUCGACAAACUCCCAUCCUUCCGGCCCAGCUCAAGUUGCUCAAAGAACUCCGAAUCCGAGCCUGAGCGGUGGGCCAACCUCCUCCGCCCCGUCCUCCGUCGGUUCGUCGAUGCAUUUACACGGGCCGAGUCUGGCCUCGAGCCUGACGUCGAUUUUUGGAGCAAGAUUGCGAAUAGAUACUCGUUCGGCUCUGGGACGUCCUUCCUCUCUGGUUGGAUUACGGCGUUCUGUGUCUGGGACAGCACGACUGGGAAGUGGCAGGGCUCGCCACGGAGUUCUACACCCCAGAGGUACCUUGGUUCGACGCCCAAGAGUCACGCCCAGCUCGUCCUCGACGAUGUGACGUAUCCUGUUAUUGAUACCCACAAGGUGCCGAUGGGGUAUUGUGAGGUGGAUGUGAAGGUCCGCGAUGCGGAAGGAGAGGUGGAUUGUGUGAUGGUUGCUGGGCAUAUGGCCAGUCUUGUUAGGGGCGAGAGCAAGGAUACAUUGGCGCCUUUGGCAUCGUGGUUUAUGUAUAUUCGACCAGAGGAGGUCGAGAGCGAUACGACGCUUCUAGAUGAAGGCUCGAGGACAGGAAAAUCAAGUUCAGAAAUGCUGGGGAAAGCCACCCAGCCGAGCUGUAUGGCAAAACUCAGGAAAUUUCUCUGCAGUGCCUAG